AUGCCUCAUCUCAAGUCUCUCCUCCCAGCCACUUUUCUCCGCGCCUUACAACUCCUCCUCGGAAUCAUCACCCUAGGCCUUUCAGUAACCUUGUUAAACAGAUGGGCACCAUCUGAAUCGCACUUGCCCGGCCCUCCUAUCCUCCUUCCCCUCUCUGCCGGCAUCGGCGGUGUGACGCUCAUUGGCGCAAUUCUGGGGCUUAUAUUAGCAUGGACUGAACUCCUGCUUGGAUAUUUCCAAGUAUCAAUCGAUAUCGUUGUUCUUUUGGCUAAUGUAGUCGGUGGCGUGUUACUGGCCAUGCGACUUCAGGGCAAGAACUGCUUCGAUACCAGCAGGAAGAAUAAGUGGGGUAGUGGGGAGUUUCCAUUCAAGGGAUCGCUUGCAGGUAUUGAUAUUCUGAACGGCGGGUGUGAUGACGAGUAUUGCUACUAUGUCACUGAGGAUGGGAAGCAUCUCAACACGCGAUGCAAGCAAAGCCAGGCGGAUUCAGUAUUCAUGUUUUUGACAGCUGUUCUAUUAUUUGGGGUGCUUACGUUAGCUUAUAGGAGGAUGAAGAGAGGCUAG